GCAUCAAUUUGCAUUAGCUGGAACUUCAUAUCUCUAUCCAUUGAGCAUAUAUAACAUUGGAGGAGCACAUUCCUAAGAAUCUGUUCCUGUCUUUCCUGAAUCCUGAUCAUGGAUUUCUCCAGGAUUUUCAUCGGCUUUUUUGCUAUUCAAUCAAUGAUUCUAUUCAGUUUGUGUUCACUCCAAUUCCAGGGCAUUUCAGCAGCUCAAUCAAACGUUUUCAGGGAAUACAUUGGAGCAGAGUUCAACAACGUGAAAUUCUCCGACUUACCCAUCCAUUCCAACGUUGAAUUCCACUUCAUCCUCUCAUUCGCCAUCGAUUACGACGAAUCAUCAUCAUCCCCUUCUCCAACAAAUGGCAAAUUCAACGUGUUCUGGGACACAGACAAUCUCACCCCUGAAUCUGUCAAAUCCAUUAAAAACCAGCAUCCCAAUGUUAAAGUUGCCCUGAGUCUCGGCGGCGACAGCAUCGGCGACGACGAUCAAAAGGUGUUUUUCCAGCCUUCUUCCGUCGAUUCGUGGGUUUCCAACGCUGUUUCAUCCCUCACAAACAUAAUCCGGAAGUACAAUUUAGACGGAAUCGACAUCGAUUACGAGCAUUUCCAUUCCAGCCCCGAAAUCUUUUCUCAAUGCAUCGGGAAAUUGAUCUCGACCCUGAAGCAGAACAGGGUGAUUUCGUUUGCAUCGAUUGCGCCUUACGAUGAUGGCGCUGUCCAAAGCCAUUACAGGGCUUUGUGGAAUAGCCAUGGCGGAAUCAUUGAUUUUGUGAAUUUCCAGUUCUAUGCUUAUGAUUCGGACACAACUGUGGAUCAGUUCAUGGGGUAUUUUGAAGAACAGAGUAACAACUAUGAUGGCGGGAAGAUUAUGGCCAGUUUUAGUACCGGCGGGGACGGCGGAUUGUCGCCGGAAAACGGUUUUUUCACGGCGUGUAGCAGGCUGAAGAGUCAGGGUCAGCUGGGAGGGAUUUUUGUUUGGUCUGCUGAUGAUUCAAAAUCUCAGGGUUUUAAGUAUGAGAAGCAAUCGCAGGCACUGUUAGCCAUUAGUCACUAAGAAUUUAUAUAUGAUUUACUUGAAAAUGUUGUUUUUGGUUAAUUUGUUUUGUUGAUGAUGUCCAAAAGAAUAUUGUUUGUACGCUGAAAUAUUGGUGUGAGCGUUUGUAAAUUAUGAUGUUGUGAUUAAUAUGAGUGAAUUACACAAUAUUGAGAUUUAAUUUUAUGUACAUCAUGGUACUUGCAAA